AUGGCUACAUGCAGCUGUCCAGAUGGCUACAUCGGGAACGGAGAUAUCUGUCUUGAUGUGGAUGAAUGCGAGGAUGGUACUCACACGUGUAGUGUGGCCGCCACGUGUAACAAUACUGCCGGCACGUUCAACUGCACCUGCAACAUGCCAUAUACUGGUGAUGGGAUCGUUUGUGAUGUCUCUUGUCCAUCAGGCUGCACGUGCAAUAAUACAGAGGUCAGGUGCGACGGUAUUGCCACCUUCCCGGAAGCCUUCCCCAUGAGCACUACAUUGAUUGCCUCCAGUGGAUCAACGUUUUUGACGGUGGGAAGCAGGUCAUUGCAGUUCCUUUUCAAUCUGAAUCGACUUGAACUUAUCAAUGGACAGCUCGAUACACUGCCAGACGGUCUGUUUGCUGACAGUGCUCUGUUAGAGUUUGUGAUUCUGACAGAGAACAAGCUUAUCAUGCUCCCAGAUGAUCUGUUCACCAACAAUGUCCGGCUGAUUGAAAUAUUUAUUGACAAUAACCGCAUCACAAGCAUCAAUGGAAGCCAAUUCAUUGGACUUAAUGUUCUCGUAGUUCUGAAUUUGGCUGGUAAUCAGCUGACAUCUAUUGCAGAAGGCCAAUUUGCUGAUCUAACAAGACUUGAGACAUUGAACUUGGCACGGAAUAAUCUCGCUUCGCUGCCGAAUAAUCCGUUUCCAAGUUCCAGCGACAUUGAAACAAUAGAUCUUACUGCCAAUGCAUUGUCCGCGUUACCCAAUGGAUUCUUUACACCAGUCCGUGAAACCCUUCGAGCUCUAUUCCUGGGUGAAAACGUGUUAUCUUCUCUUCCUCCAUCUUUGGCUGACCUGGACCAGAUGAUCAGUCUGAAUCUGAACCAGUUCCAGGGAACUCAGCUACCCGGUGGGAUAUUUGCAAGCAUGGUCGACCUAGAAUCACUAUUGCUGUCCUUCUCCCGGUUGACGUCACUGCAAUUUGACCUAUUCACAUCCCAGAACAAACUGAGAAAUCUGGAAAUAGAAGCGAAUGAGCUGAGCUCUCUACCUAACUUCCUGUUCGCCAACUGUCCAUCUUUGAUCACACUUGAUUUGUCUUUCAACCAGCUUCAGGGUUUACCAGCAUGUGCAUUCAGAGGACUUACAAGUUUGAGGGAAAUAAAUCUCAAAGGAAACAGCAUUUCUGAAUUUCAACCAGGUACCUUCUUUGAUACUGGAACGCUCUCUGAUGUGAAUUUGGAAGACAACCCUUUGGUGGCAUUUCCAGUAUAUCGCCUCUUCUCCAAUGUCUCUGCUCUGAUGUUCGUCAGCCUCGCAAACAACGCAAUACCAUUGGGCAGCUGUGAGCACGUCGAAACUGUCCUUUCGGCGAACACCGGGUCUAACGCUGUCACUAUUAGCGGACUGGCAGCUAUACCAAGCAAUCAAAACUGUACAGGCCCACGGCUUGUCCCGGACACCGUGGUCCGGAUCACACGUAGCAUUUUCCUGACCUGCCUACCACCGCCUGGAUUUGAAGAGGCUCUGUUUUUCAUCAAUGGAACAGUUCAAUCCACCUUGCCGGCACCUCCAUUCUUUGAAGUCGGUACUACGAAUGUGCCAGGAUUUUUUAUGUGUCGGGUAGUGGCGGACUUGUCUAACACUGUCAUAGUCGAGCCGGGAUCAACUGCCCAAGAACUUAUCAAUAACUGCAGAUGUGAAGAAGGAUUUGAUGGCAAUCAAGAGAUUUGUAUCGACCGUGAUGAGUGCGUCCGUCAAGAACACAACUGUGAUCCGAAUGCAGCCUGCACGAAUACGCCAGGCAGCUUUGUCUGCUCGUGCAACGAGUUCUUCACGGGAAACGGCGUCGAAUGCCUCGAUAUUGAUGAGUGUAUGCUUGGAGUGCACAACUGUCAUCCAUUUGCCACCUGCACCAACGUAGCUCCAGGCUUUCAGUGCGAAUGUGAUUCCUUUGCAGUCGGCAAUGGUGUCCAGUGUGAAGCUCUGUGCCCAGCGGAUUGUUCAUGUCUGGACGGUAUGGAAACGGUGUUCUGCGGCAAUCUUGCCGUGUUCCCUAGAGGAUUUCCUUUUGAGACUCGGACAAUUGGUAUUGACUUGUCAGGGAGUACGUUCACCAUGCUGCCGGAUGAUUCGUUCUUCAACCUUACCGUGCUUGAGGAUAUUGCCAUCUCUACAUCACCAACUCUAACCACGUUCCAGAGCAACUUCUUGUCUAACCUCCCCUUCCUGCUGCGAGUGGAGAUUGUGUCGAUGCCGAACCUGACUUCAAUAGCAGAGGAUGUAUUUGGCAACAGUGUGACGAUAGAAGUCCUGCGACUCCGACAAAUGGCCAGUCUGACAUCCCUACCGUUUGGUAUUUUCACCAAUCUAACAUCCCUGGUGGAGCUGGUUCUGGAAGGUAUGCCGCUUACAUCUCUACCAAGCUUGUUCGGCAGUUUUGACAUAACAAAUCUGGUAUUGGAUUCAUUGAGGCUCACCACUAUUCAGGCAUUCGGUAGUAACCUUCAAAGUCUUGAAACUCUGACGAUAUCCAACAUGGACACAUUCACCAGUAUACCAUCCGGAGCAAUAUCAGUGUUGUUCAGCCUCAGGAACAUAACCCUCCACUCUCUAGCACUGCAGACAAUUCCUGGUUGUUUCUUUUCUGACACCUCAAAUAUACGACACGUCAACUUCACGUCUCUUCGCAACCUGACAUUCCUACCGUCUGGUCUCCUGGCUCAGCAAAUGUCUUUGGAAUCUCUGAACUUGGACGGUAGUGAUGGUCUUCACUCUCUGAGAGCUACAGUUCUCCCACCCAGCACUUUCAUAAACUCUCUGACCCUGCCUAGUCCGCUCUUGGCUGAUCGUGGCUGUGCUCUGGCAGAAAUCAGACUCCUACAGGUCCAGACGUUCUCUCCUGCCUUGACAACAGAACCUCUUGAUUGUGAUCUACGUGCAUCCCCGCUGCAGAUCACCCAUGCUGCCCGCAGCUUCCGGCAGUUCCCAAUAUCAUGCAUAUCCAGCAACCUGACUGCCUCUGGCUCAACUCCGAGCUGGACUCAAUUCAUUGCCGGCUCUCCGCCCUCACCCGUUUCUGCCGAAAUAACCACAACGCUUGCGGUGGCUGCCACAUCGCUGUCAGAUACAAACUACAGUUGUCAAAUAAGCACAGGGAUGGCAUCCAAUACUAUCCGAGUUAUUGUCGACCCAGGUCCACUAGGUUGCUCCGGUGUGUGCCCGACGGGAUUCGAAGGGAACGGCGAAAUCUGCGCAGAUGUCGAUGAAUGCAUAGCGGGCCUGCAUAGCUGCUUGUCUACGACAGGUCCAUGUCAGAACACAGUUGCAUCAUAUUUCUGCGAGUGUUUGCCUGGAUUUGAGGGUGGUGACUUUGGCAAUGCGUGCACAGACAUUGACGAGUGCACUCCAUCCCCAUGCAAUGACGAAGCGCGAUGUGCAAACUUUCCUGGUUCGUUCAUUUGUACGUGUAACCAAGGAUUCACCGGAGAUGGCUUCACAUGUGAUGAUAUCAAUGAGUGCGCCUCAGCGCCAUGCUCCUUUGAUCAGCCCUGUUUCAACACCAAUGGAUCGUUCAUGUGCGCCUGUUCCCAAGGACUGACUGGACAGUUUUGCGAAGAAGAUAUCAGAGAUGAAUGUAUGGAAUCUACCAAUCCGUGCACAUCGCCUAACACGGCCAUGUGCAUUGAUGGACCAGCAGGAAAUGUCACCUGUGUCUGCAGAAAUGGCACUGUCGGCCGCUUCUGCGAAACUGCUAUCUGCCCGGAUCAGUGCACAUGUGACGUAUUGCCUGAUGGCGACGUUGCUGCAAUAUGUUCGGGUCUAACUGAACCUCUGAUCUUCAUCCCUGACAACAUUUCUUCGCUCACGAUUAACAAUAGUCCCCUCUUGACGUCCAACACAAUCCCGCUUGGGAGGAAUAUGCUACUGACAGAGCUUGUGAUCGACAACACUGGAGUAACCAACUUUGAUGCAGUCAAUAAUCUGGGUAUAUUUGAAAAGCUAGUCACUUGGAGAGUUACCAACAACAACAUCACAAUGUGGCUGAGUGACCUAGUGCCCUUGCUGGAUACAUUGUCACCUUUCAUAGCCGUACAAACACUAGACCUGACUGGAAACAUGAUAUCAAGCAUCGAUCCUGGAAUUUUUCGUCUCUUCCCCAAUCUGACUGAAUUUGACUUUUCUGGCCAGCGCGCUGUCAUUCAGCUCUCACCAGUGUUCCUCAACAACCUGACAAUGCUGAGAAUAGUGAGAAUUGAAGACUGCAUAAUUGGAUCUUCAUUGCCAGAAGGCCUCUUUGCGACAACGCCCAACUUAGAGCAAGUAAUUUUGUCAGGCAGCAACACCACCAGCCUGCCAGAAGGCCUGUUUCAGUCGACUCCAAAUGUUACCUUGUUAAGCUUACAGAGAAAUUCGAUCGGAGUGCUGCCCACUGGCCUGUUCAAUGGCCUUAGGAGACUCCAAAUUCUGCAAUUAUUUGAGAAUCAAAUUGCCGAGCUUCCGGGUGAUAUCUUCAAUGGACUUGAUUCGAUGACUAGUGUGGACUUUCGUGCCAACAGGCUCACAGGCGUUGCACCAGAACUGUUCAGUGGCACACCUGCCCUGCGGAGUGUGUUUUUCAUCGACAAUGACAUUGUUGAGCUACCGGUGGGCUUGUUUUCUUCUAUUCCCAAUCUUGACCAAGUGUUUCUUGACGACAACAAUAUCCGGGCGUUCCGUGCUAACACGUUUCGAGCUGACGCCAGUUCAGGUCUUGUAACAGUGCAGAUCGAUAGAAAUCCCUUGGAUGAUUGCACAUGUGUCCGAGCAGAGUUACAGGAAAUCAACAAACUCGUGACAUUUACUACUACCUUUGUCCCUCCGUGUCCAGCAAUCACUUGUGAUUUUGAUACAUUUGUUGUGCCAAUGGAAGCCUUCAUAACGCCUGAAUCGGCUGGAGUAUUUUUAUCCUGCUUGGGACGCCACGUUGACUCCACCAUUAGCAUGAGCACCAGCUUCAGGGUGUCCUGGUUCAAGAAUGGAGUGCUUCUGGUGCAAAGUAGCCCACUGCUGCUUGUCACGGACUUGGACAAUGCUACAUACACGUGUGAAGUUGGACCAGAAGAAGACGUUACGCAGGAAGCUACGCAGGAAUUGUUGGAAAACCAGAAUCGUCGCCGCAAGAGGCAAGUCAAUGGACCAUUUUCUGUGACCAACUCUAGUGCCAGGGUUAUAGUUCUCCCAGCUGGUCUGACUCAAUGUCCAACUGGCCUCACAGGAAACCCUGUGCAAUGCUUUGAUAUCGAUGAAUGUAGCAUGGGGCUGCACAGCUGCAAUGCUACAACCGGUUCAUGUCGGAACGAAGCAGGAUCUGUCAUCUGCCAGUGCAUACCCGGGUUUGAGGGUGGCGAACUAGGGAUGGCCUGCACAGAAACAAAUGAGUGUACGUCCGGCACACACAACUGUGACGCAGCUGCGACAUGCGACAAUACAGUUGGAAGCUUCAUUUGCACAUGCAAUGCAUCCUUCUUCGGUGAUGGUACUUUCUGUUCAAUUGCUUGCCCUGAGUUUUGCACGUGCAAUUCUGGAGGUGUGAGUUGCGUCAAUCCCGCCGUCAUUCCAACUAGUUUUCCAUCUAAUACCACAAUCCUGUCAAUUUCUGGGUUGAACUUUGUGAACCUUCCUGCGGACAUCUUCAGAAACCUUUCUCAACUCACAACUUUGACGAUGGAUACUCUUGGAGUGACAUCACUGCCGGCUACACUCUUUGAUCCGUUAACUUCACUCGUGAACUUAAGGUUUAUCAAUCUGAUGAUCACGGAACUGGAGCCGUUCAGUUUCUCACAGCUGACAGCCUUGGAGAGUGUGGAACUCAGAAAUUUGGAACUGCCAUUGGAGAAUGACACAUUUGGACUCCUGCCCAGCCUGACCACCCUGAUCAUGAGCAGCGUAAGAACUCCAAGUCUUCCCGCUAACAUCUUCUCGCAAAUGCCUCAACUAAUACAAAUAGAACUAAGAGAUGUGAAUGUGACGUCGCUACCAGGGACGCUAUUCGCAGGCAACCCAUUCCUUGAACGUGUUACCAUCGUUGACCUCCCAGUGACGGAGCUUCCAGGAAACCUAUUCGGCAGGAAAGACAACUUGGAUGAAGUGGUUUUGAUCCUCCUGGAUAUAGCGUCACUGCCAGAAUGUCUCUUCUUUGGGGCUCCGGAUAUGUCUUCGGUUACGAUUCAGUCAAGAAUAACAGAGCUACCAAUUGGUUUUCUGAAUCGAGUUGAAAGUCUAUCCACUCUAGAUUUGGCGGGUUUACCAAAUCUCCAGCGCCUGCGACAGCAAUCCUUACCAGCAUCGACUGUAGGAACAAUCAAUCUCCCACCCAGUCUUGUAAGCAGCGCUGAUGGCUGCGAUCUUUCACUGCUGCAUUUCCUGCGAGCAACGACCAUCAGUCCUCCAUUGCCGCUCAAUGGAUCCAGACCCUGUGAAGGAGUCAGCGCCGCACCUGUGGGUUUCGCUCUUACGGGCAUGUCGUUUGUUCUGACUUGUUCUCACACUCACCUGGGUGCACCUGCAACGCAAUGGUUUGCCGAAGGAGUGCCAAUCAGUUCCCCCGAAGCACUCCUCCCAAAUUAUGUCAUCGGCCCCGUGGGUGCCGUUGAUCAGGAAAUCGCGUACAGCUGCUCUGUCACCGUUGAUGGCAUGAUGAUGGUAUCCAAUACAAUUCUUGUCAAUGUCGCUAACGCUAACGCCGGUGGUUUGAUCUGUGAAGCAAACUGUCCUUCCGGAUUUGAAGGCCCGGGCAUAGGGGCAUAUUGCACAGAUGUGAAUGAGUGCAUAGACGAACUGCACCAAUGUAAUCUUCAAACCACAUUGUGCAACAACAGCGUCUCCCCGUUCGAAUGCACCUGUCUGCAAGGUUACCGGUUCGUGAAUGAAACAGACUGUGAAGAUAAUGACGAAUGCAGCGACCUGUCCCUGUUUCCAGUAUGUGCUGACAACGCCGUUUGUUCGAAUACAGUCGGCUCGUUCUUCUGCGAAUGUCUUCCUGGCUUCACUGGCGACCCCAGUGCUGAAUGUCAAGAUAUCAAUGAGUGUGAGUCGAACCCGUGUAGGUUUGACUUUGCCUGCAACGACUUCAUCAACGGAUUCAACUGCAGUUGCCCGGAUGGUCUCAAUGGGACGUUCUGUGAGAAUGAUGUACAGGACGAGUGUGAGCUGAACAUCUGCUUCCCUGGUCGCACAGUGAACUGUACAGAUGGUGCAUCGGUGUUCAACCUGACCUGCCAGUGCAUUCCUCUCAUCAGUGGCCAGUUUUGUGAAAUAGCUCCGUGCCCGGAACAGUGUGUUUGCAACACAGAUGCUGAGGGUAUGGUAUCUGCUGUCUGCCAGAACCUGACUGCACCGCUUCCCUUCACUCCCGACAGGAUCAACAACAUAUCUAUUAUCAACAGUCCACUCCUAACGCUAUUCGGAUUUUUCGACUCUCCCGGAGCUAACCUCACACACCUGGCUUAUACAGACACUGGAAUACAGACAGUAUCUGAUCCCAACGAUCUUUCAUUGAACAAUCUGAUUAUAGGCAACCUGGCAAGGAACAAUCUCUCCAACUUCCUCACGCCACUUGUUCCCAAUAUCGAGUUUGUUGGUCCUUUUCCAACUGUGAUGGUGUUGAACUUCGAUGAGAACCGUCUGUCUGGAUUCCUUCCUGAAGAAUUGACUGUGUUCCCCAACCUGCAUAGACUGACGUUGGCUCGCCAGAGAGUCCCGGUCUCGUUAUCUCCACCAUUCUUGGUCAACUUGACAUCUCUUCUACACGUGGAUUUGUCGGAAUGUGGUAUAGAACAAGUGCCCAGUGAUUUCUUCGAGACAUCCAACAAUAUCGAGGAGCUGCUUCUCGGUGGUAAUCGGAUCACCUCACUUCCAGAUGAUGUGUUCAAUCCACUUUCCAAUUUAGAAACACUGGUACUAAGUGGCAAUCUACUCAGAGAUCUUCCAAGUGGACUUUUCCUCAAUCAAGGACAACUUAAAUCCCUGUCGUUGGAUCGGAACCACAUUACCAGCCUUCCUGCUGAAAUUUUCACCGGCCUCACGUCCAUGGCCUCUUAUGCUCUGAAUGACAACAAUAUCUCGUCUCUUCCAUUUGGACUGUUUCCUGUUCGUGACGACCUCACUAUGAUAAACCUUGAAAACAACAAUCUGAGCGUGCUCAGACUAAACUCGUUCGUCGGAAUUGGUGCAUAUGCAAAUGAUAACGCGAUACUGCUAAUUCAGAUGACAGGGAACCCAAUGGACAACUGCGGCUGUGAACGAACGGAACUGGAUGAGUUCUCUAACCAUGCCACCAUUGCUGGUGUAACUCCUUGCCCUAUAGUCAACUUUCAACAGGAUAUCCAAUGCAAUCGCUCCGUGCAGAUCGAUCCCAGCUCUGUUCUUAUUUCCAACACCUCUCGGGGUGCCUUCCUGUCCUGCUUUGGGCCACACGUACAAGUGUCACAGCAAUCUGACAUUGACUAUGAUGUGAAUUGGCUGUCGACUGCACGUCCAAGCGGGUUUUUCAGUGGCAACUUUCUCUUUGUCUCAUCAUUUGGCAGGGCAGAAACAUAUACCUGUGAGGUGACCGUCUUGAAUGUAUCAGGAGCGGCACAGACGCCUCCAACACCGAAUGUUGUGAUCACGGUCGAAACAAGUCAGGCAGACGUGAACUUCUUCGGUCAGAAUGAUCCGGAUGCCACCGUUCUCCUGUGUCCCGAUGGUUAUGCGGGAGGAAGUGGUCUGUGUCUGGACGUCGAUGAGUGUAUGGAGAUGUUGCACACCUGCAACUUGGAUACAACAACCUGCACAAACACUGUCGGAUCAUUCAAUUGCUCUUGCUUGUCUGGCCAUCAAGAACUUAACGCCAAUCGAUGUGAAGAUAUUGAUGAAUGCAGUACAUCACCAUGCGAUGCUAAUGCUAACUGUACAAAUAACAUUGGCUCAUUCACAUGUGCUUGCGACCAAGGAUUCUCUGGUGAUGGCUUCACGUGCGCUGAUAUUGAUGAAUGCAGUGCAUCACCAUGCAAUGCCAAUGCUAACUGCACAAAUAGCAUUGGCUCAUUCACAUGUGCUUGCAACCAAGGAUUCUCUGGUGAUGGCUUUACGUGCGCUGAUAUUAAUGAAUGCAGUACAUCACCAUGCGAUACCAAUGCUAACUGUACCAAUAGCAUUGGCUCAUUCACAUGUGCUUGCAACACAGGAUUCUCUGGUGAUGGCUUUACGUGCGCUGAUAUUGAUGAAUGCAGUGCAUCACCAUGCAAUGCCAAUGCUAACUGUACAAAUAGCAUUGGCUCAUUCACAUGUGCUUGCAACCAAGGAUUCUCUGGUGAUGGCCUUACGUGCGCUGAUAUCAAUGAAUGCAGUACAUCACCAUGCGAUGCCAAUGCUAACUGUACAAAUAGCAUUGGCUCAUUCACAUGUGCUUGCAACACAGGAUUCUCUGGUGAUGGCUUUACGUGCGCUGAUAUUGAUGAAUGCAGUACAUCACCAUGCGAUGCCAAUGCUAACUGUACAAAUAGCAUUGGCUCAUUCACAUGUGCUUGCAACACAGGAUUCUCUGGUGAUGGCUUCACGUGCGCUGAUAUUGAUGAAUGCAGUACAUCACCAUGCAAUGCCAAUGCUAACUGUACCAAUAGCAUUGGCUCAUUCACAUGUGCUUGCAACACAGGAUUCUCUGGAGAUGGCUUUACGUGCGCUGAUAUUGAUGAAUGCAGUGCAUCACCAUGCGAUACCAAUGCUAACUGUACCAAUAGCAUUGGCUCAUUCACAUGUGCUUGCAACCAAGGAUUCUCUGGUGAUGGCUUCACGUGCAAUGAUAUUGAUGAAUGCAGUACAUCACCAUGCGAUACCAAUGCUAACUGUACAAAUAGCAUUGGCUCAUUCACAUGUGCUUGCAACACAGGAUUCUCUGGUGAUGGCCUUACGUGCGCUGAUAUUGAUGAAUGCAGUGCAUCACCAUGCGAUGCCAAUGCUAACUGUACAAAUAGCAUUGGCUCAUUCACAUGUGCUUGCAACACAGGAUUCUCUGGGGAUGGCUUUACGUGCGCUGAUAUUGAUGAAUGCAGUGCAUCACCAUGCGAUACAAAUGCCAACUGUACAAAUAGCAUUGGCUCAUUCACAUGUGCUUGCAACACAGGAUUCUCUGGUGAUGGCUUUACGUGCGCUGAUAUUGACGAAUGCAGUGCAUCACCAUGCGAUGCCAAUGCUAACUGUACAAAUAGCAUUGGCUCAUUCACAUGUGCUUGCAACACAGGAUUCUCUGGUGAUGGCUUUACGUGCGCUGAUAUUGAUGAAUGCAGUGCAUCACCAUGCGAUACAAAUGCUAACUGUACAAAUAGCAUUGGCUCAUUCACAUGUGCUUGCAACACAGGAUUCUCUGGAGAUGGUUUUAUGUGCAAUGAUAUCAAUGAAUGCAGUACAUCACCAUGCGAUGCCAAUGCUAACUGUACAAAUAGCAUUGGCUCAUUCACAUGUGCUUGCAACACGGGAUUCUCUGGGGAUGGUUUUACGUGCAAUGAUAUUAAUGAAUGCAGUACAUCACCAUGCGAUGCCAAUGCUAACUGUACAAAUAACAUUGGCUCAUUCACAUGUGCUUGCAACCAAGGAUUCUCUGGUGAUGGCUUUACGUGCGCUGAUAUUGAUGAAUGUAGUGCAUCACCAUGCGAUGCCAAUGCUAACUGUACAAAUAGCAUUGGCUCAUUCACAUGUGCUUGCAACCAAGGAUUCUCUGGUGAUGGCUUUACGUGCAAUGAUAUCAAUGAAUGUGCCCCGUCGCCUUGCUUCUUCGAUCAGCCAUGCAUGAAUACAGCUGGUUCAUUCAUAUGUAUUUGCUCACAAGGACUAAGUGGCGAUUUAUGCGAACAAGAUAACCUGGAUGAGUGCAUGGAUACGUUUAACCCAUGUGCAUCACCAAACACGGCAAUGUGCAUUGAUGGACCAGCAGGAAACGUCACCUGUGUCUGCAGAAAUGGCACCGUAGGCCGCUUCUGUGAAACCGCUAUCUGUCCAGAUCAGUGUUCAUGUACACCUGCACCUGCUGCUGGCGGCGUUGCUGCAGUAUGCUCGGGUCUCACCCAACCUCUUAUCUUUUUACCUGACAAUCUGACCUCGCUAAUGAUUGUUGACAGCCCCCUAUUGACAUCCAAUGCACUGCCCUCUGGGGUGAACGAACAACUCCGUGAACUUGUCUUUAAUGGGACAGGUAUAACAUUCUUUGAUAUCUUCCUACUGGAUCUGGAUUUUGACAAUCUCGUCACAUGGAGAGUUUCCAACAGCAACAUAUCAUCGUGGCUGACUCAGUUGGUCCCGCAAAUUGGCCUAAACAGUGAUCUUGCCUUCUUGACGACUCUUGACCUGAGUGGAAAUAUGAUAGCAAGCCUUCACCCAGGCAUCCUCAGCUUCUUUCCUAACCUUGAAGUGCUGGACUUAUCAAACCAACGUGCUGAUGUUCAACUAUCCCCAGUGUUCCUCAACAACCUGACAAGGCUCAGAUCCGUGGACUUUGCUAAGAGUAACAUUGCAUCUGGUCUUCCAGAAGAUCUCUUCGCAACCACUCCUGCCCUGGAGACAGUAAAUUUCAUGCGGACCGGUAUAGCCUCACUGCCAGCGGGUCUGUUUCAGACCACACCAAACAUCCAAACACUCUCAUUGGACGAAAAUCUAAUCAGCCAGUUAGCAGAUGGUCUGCUCAGCAACCUUCCACUUGUGUCUUUGUCCCUUGACCGCAACCGAUUGUCCGAGUUGCCAGCAGGCAUCUUCAGAAACUUGUCCACUUUGCAAUCUCUGAGACUAUCAGGCAACAUGCUUACUCAGCUACCAGUUACAGUCUUCGGAGACCUGACCUCUUUGACAACUUUGUUUUUGGCUGCUAAUCAAAUUGAUGAGCUUCCAGCUGGUGUAUUCAGUGGACUUACCUCUGUUACAACUUUAGGCCUACAGGACAACAGGAUGACAAGCCUGCCAGCAAGUCUGUUCGCCAAUGUCCCAGCUCUUGUAUCCCUGAACUUGAACAACAACAACAUUAGCGAGCUUCCACUGGGAUUAUUCACAUCCAUUCUGGAUCUGAACACUGUGUCUCUAGCCAACAACAGAAUCAGAGCAUUCCGAGCAAACACGUUCCGGGCUGUACAAGGCUCAGGCCCGGUCAUGGUGAGCACCUCUGGUAACCCUCUGGAUGACUGCACAUGCGUAAGGGCGGAGGUCGAAGGUAUUGCCCAGUUUGUGCGUUUCCUAGAUCCACUACCAGUCUGUGGAGACAUUCAGUGCGAUGUUGACACGUUUGUGGAACCAAUGGCGGCCUUCAUCACCCCGUCAGCACCUGGGGUCUUCUUGUCCUGUUUGGGAAGGCACGUGGACUCAGUAUUACUGCAAACACUCAACUUCAUUUUAACCUGGUCAAAGGAUGGUGUUCUUCUUCCAUCAGGCAGCCCAACACUGGUCGUAAAUGAUUUGGACAAUGCUACGUACACAUGUGAGGUCGGCAUAGCUUCGUCAGUCCCAGUUCCAGUCACCGGUCAACGACGAAAGCGACAAAUUGUCAGUGGAGACAGCAGCAGUGCGAAUGCAACAGUUACAGUACUUCCGGAUGGCUUGACAGAAUGCCCAGCGGGUCUCACUGGCAAUCCAUCGUCAUGCGUUGAUAUUGAUGAGUGUACAAGCAGAUCUCACAACUGUGAUGCCGUGGCAGUGUGCACCAAUUCAGUGGCAUCGUUCAGCUGUGCCUGUAUCCUGGGGUACACUGGAAAUGGUGUUACAUGCACUGACAAUGAUGAAUGCAACCUGGACACGCAUAACUGUGAUGUCAACGCAAUGUGCAAUAAUAUCAACGGCUCGUUCACCUGCAUGUGCAACACUCUCUUCACUGGAAAUGGCACAACAUGUGAAGUUGAUGUUCCACCAGGCUGUCAGCAGAUUGGCACUCUAAUUGAGUGCAAUGAUGUUGUCAGCGCUCCACUCCUCUACCCAGUCGACACACAGUCAAUCAUUCUGCUUGGAAGGACUCCAAACUUCACAUUCAUUGACCCGAACUCUUUCCGGAACUUGCCUGCUCUAACAGAUCUGACUAUCGAGGAUCUGCGAACUUCGGAAUUGCCUUCUGGUAUCUUUGCCAAUAUUGCAAGCCUUCGUAGCUUAACGCUCACGGAUAUUCCUCUGCAGACGGUUUCUCUGCAGCUUUUGAAGAAUCUUACCAACCUGGAAACCAUACGGUUCAAUCGUGUCUUUGAACAAAUCGGAAGUCUGCCAAGAGACUUCUUCUCAUCCCAAAUUCGUCUGGAGGAACUAUUCUUGAGCGCCAAUAACCUGAAUGACGUUCCACAAGGGCUGAAUAUAUCAAGUCUUCUGUCAUUGUUGCUAGAUCAAAACAAUAUCUCCUCUCUACGGCCAGAUGACUUCCGCGGAGUACCACAGCUACAAUUACUGCAAUGGUUACCUGUUCGUGAGGGCCCAGAUCACUCACUGCUAGCAGAUGAGUCACUCAACUGUGAAGGAAACCACCCGAAUGUGGAUGGGUCCAUACAAAAACUGGAUGCACGUGAGCCCAAAAUCAGCGUUGGUGUGACUCCAGCCUGGCUAUGA